GGGUUGUCUUAGCGGAGGUCACAUGACCGCGCUGCUCGCUAUGUCCUCGGCUGCGUGCUAGCCGGCCAAGAGCAUCUGCAGAUCGCCACGCCACAUGCGCAGGGAAUAACCUCGUUCGCUGGAGUCUAGGACGUAAACCCGCGGAACACACGAUGCCAGAGCCGGCAGAUAUGAGCGGUCCGGAGGUGGCGAAGACACCGGGAGGCGGAGGCCCUGGAAAGGAGGGCAAGGAGCCGGUCGCCAAUGGGCAUGGAGAGGGCGACUCCAACCCCUUCGCUGAAUACAUGUGGAUGGAGAAUGAGGAGGAGUACAACCGACAGGUGGAGGAAGAGCUUCUGGAGCAGGAGUUUUUGGAGCGCUGUUUCCAGGAGAUGCUCGAUGAGGAGGAUCAGGAUUGGUUCAUUCCAGCAAGGGACCUCCCCUCUGGAGUGGGGCAGCUCCAGCAGCAGCUCAACGGCCUGUCUGUCAGUGAUGUCAGCACCGAGGAUAUCGUGCGCAAGAGCAGCUUGAAUCCCGAAGCAAAGGAGUUUGUGCCAGGAGUGAAGUACUAGGGUCCCCCCUGGCACCAGGGGGCGCCUUUUAUAGAGACACUGGUGACCCUCGGUCACGUCUGCACACACUCAAACAGGGGCGCAAAGGAGAUACAGCAAGGGCAACUCCUCCUAUAAGCUUUUUAUUUGUUUUUUUCCAAGUCUAAGUGUUGGGGGGUGGGAGGGGCUCAGCUACAAUCCCUCCAGGACAUUACACAAGUUACACAUCAUACUCAGUAUUGAGCUGUUCUUCAUCCUGUUUCUUUAACCCUGAGGACUGGUCAUGUGAGUUUGUAUGGAGAGGCUAUUUUUUCCCCCCUGUUUGGGUUUAUUUUUCAUGCUUUUUGUUUUUGUUUGGAUUUGUGUCUUUUGGGCAGCAGUGUCCAGGAGUGAGGGAGUGGGAGGAGCUACUGGGCAUGACAGGGGGGUCAGGUGACCAGCCUUGUGACCUGAUUAGACCAAUAGGAAAGCCUGUGGGGGAUUCACACAAAAUCAUUUUUUGAUUUAAGUUGAAAUCCUGACACAAAGUACGAAUUUCAUUAAAAAAAAGGAAAAAUGAAUAAAAACAAUAUACCUAUUUGGA